AUGGGCAAAUCUAUCAACGCAAAGGCAUCCUCGGCGAUGACAAAAAAGUCGGGCGUGUCUAAGAUGAAAACGACCCCUGUGGCUAAAAAGUCCGUCAAGAAACGAGUGGAAAUUGACCUACAACAGCCUAAAGACAGGGAUCCCAUCAAUUCCAAGAUGGUCUCUGCAACCCAAACUGACGAGAAGCGUGUUAUCGACGACAAUGAAGCGCAACGCAUGGCUGAUGAGAUCGAGGCGAAACGAAUCGCCGAACGAGAAGCUCGCAGGAGUGGACAUUACGACAGCAUUGUUUCAAACCUGUUGGAGUGGUGGAUGAAGAAUUUAUAUUCAGGAGAUGCUGUCGAAGAGUGGCUUAAGUUGCUUUGUCAGGAACGCAGAGAUUUCCGUCGCUCCAUGAAAGCACAACGCCGCAGUCUGCGGACUAUUUUCUCCCCUGGACCCUGA